CGAUUACAAACUGGAUUAGCAAAGUAGGCUUGAAUUCUUACAGCAUUUCCUGCAGAUGAUGUUUAUGCGGCUUUAGGACCCUGGGGACAUGUUCUCAUUCUCACAAGGCACAAUGCAAUUUGCAUGCGUUUGUUCUGCAAGGCAAACACGGCUGUAUGAGUGAAACCCAAACCACCGGAAGAUCGAGGAACAGACUCGCGUACACGCAUAUUGGUGUAGGAUCUCUAUCGUGAUGGGAAGCUUUCAGUCUUUGCCGGAUGACCAUCAAUAUCGAACCCUGUCACAAAAGACAGGCUUUUCACUGAAGCAGAUUGGAAUCCUCCACAGUCGGUUUAAGCAGCUCAGCCAAAAUGAGGAAACAUUACGGAGAGAUGACUUUAAAACAAUCCAAGAUUUGGAAAGCAACCCAAUUCGGUCCCAGAUUAUUGAGGCUUUCUUUGAUAGAAGAAAUUUCAAGAAAGAUGGUGUGGGAUCUGUGGAGGAAAUUGGUUUUGAGGAAUUCCUUACCGUAAUGUCGUACUUCAGAGCACCGACCCAUCAUAUCACAGUGGAGCAGAGAGAAGAAAUGAGGAGAACCAAACUGCGCUUUCUGUUCAACAUGCAUGACACAGACAAUGAUGGAACAAUAACACUGGAGGAAUACAGACAUGUAGUCGAGGAGUUGUUGUCCCGUAGUGGAGCUGUUGGAAGGGAGACAGCUAAGGGCAUUGCAGAUGCUGCAAUGCUGGAGGUUGCCAAUAUCUCAGGACCUGAUGAGUUCUAUGAAGGAAUAACAUUUGAGCAAUUUUUGAAGAUUCUUAAAGGAGUUGAAAUCGAGACGAGUAUGCACAUUCGCUUCUUAAACAUGGACACAACUGCAUUGUGCAAGUAACAUCUUGUCUAAAUACUGCUGGUUAAAUGUAUACUUUUUAGUAAAAUAAGCACUUUAUUAGAUGAGGCCGUUUUAGAAUAGUUCGGAUUGAUCUGUAGUUCUAUGAACUAAUUGUAGGAAGCCCAGAGUGUGCAUUUUACAAAUGUUAACAAGCAAUAAGAAAAAAGUCUCAUGAUAUCUAAAACUCCUGGCUUUGCAUGCCGAUAUUACUUAAUUAUGGUACAAUACAAUUAAUACUAUGCAGACAUUUAUUUUUUUAUUUUACUUGUUUUAUGUAAUUAUUUCCUCUUUAUUCUAAAAUUAUAUAUGUAUAAUAUUUACAUACAUACACACAGUGUGUAUGUUUAUAUCCAAAUGCAAUCAUAAUAUUUUAACUUGAAUGUAUUAAUACUGAAUAGAACAAGCAUAUUAUUAACACUGUGAUAUAGAAAAUAGCAAUAUUUUGUGUGCUCUUUUUGUGUAAUCUGAACAUAAUACUAAAAAAAAUUAAACAAUUUAAAUCCAUGAUCAGAAAUAAAGAACUGCAGUUACUCUUAUCAACCAGCAGAUAUAGCUAAUGUCACAGCUUUGUUUGUGUCAGUGGAUAUAGAAAAACUCAGGUACUUGUACAACUGAUAAACAUGUUUCAGCCUGUUCUUGCAAGGUCAACUAGAAGUGUAUCAACAAAAAUUACAUUAUAAACAAUACAAAAUAUUCUUUUUUUUUUUUUUUUUUUUUUUUUUUUUUUACAGUGAAUUUAUAACAGGUUAGGCACAACGUGGAAGGGAGCUGUUAUUUUUUUAAUUUAUUUAUUUAUUUAUUUUUUUAUUAAUUAUGCAAACAGACAAUUACAAUAUUUACAGAUGAGAAAUUAAAUGCAAAAUACAAAUACAAAGACCAACAAAACAUACAUAACAGCCAAUAAGAUUUGUGUGUGUGUGUAAGUGUAAGUGUAACUGGGUGUGGGAGUGGAAAUAUAUGAAUAAAGGCGCAUGUAGGGAAGUACAACAGACAUAACCAGAGUUUAAAAAAUAAAUAAAUAAAUAAAUGAAAUAAAGAAAAAAAAAGAUUAAUGACAAUAAUAAAAGUAUCACACAAAAAAAAAAAAAAAACUGGAGAAUGGAGGAUGAGGAGGGUGACAAUAGCAAUAGUAAUAGCAAUAAUAAUAAUAAUAAUAGUAAUAAUAACAAUAAUAAUAAUGAUAAAUUCAAUUAAUAAGAAAUGACAAAUAGUAAUAAUAGUAUUAGUAAUAGUAGUAAUGAUAACCAUAUUAACAAAUAUACUCAUUUCAUCCAGAAUGAGGGGGAGGUUAAAGGAUCAGGAAGAGGACAAAUAAAAAUAAUAUUAGUAGUAAUAGCAAUGAUAAUAAUAAUAAUAAUAAUAUUAAUAAUGGUAAUAUUGAUGCAGCUAUUAAUAAUAAUAAUAAUAAUAAUAAUAAUAAUAAUAGUAGUAGUUGUAAUAGCAAUGAUAAUAGUAAUAAUAUUAAUAAUGGUAAUAUUGAUACAGCUAUUAAUGAUAAGGUAUUAUAAAGCUGCCUCUGAUCCCUCCAUGGCCACGGCAUAGGUUAGACCCCCGCCAGUGCCAUGUUGCAACGGGCCAUCAAGGUGAGGUGCUACGGGGCCCAGGGUCCCAAAAUCCACACCCAUCUCUGGCCAUCCCACACAUCACGCUUACCCUGUUGUUUAGCUUUUUUUUGUUUUUAAAUAUGGCUACAUUCAUUGUUAUACUCAUGAUAGGCAUAUGUCAACUAGUGUAUAAUGCAUUAAAAAAGCAUGGCGUGCAGCAUGGAACCAGCCCAGUGCAAAGCCCAGGCCGCCACGCCCACGCCACACUUACCCUAUGUGUGUGUGUUUUUUUUUUUUUUUUUUUGCUUUAAACUUGUUUUAAGCUCCAAAUGAAUGUCUAUACACCUCAUCUUAUAUGUGAUGCAUUAAAACAGCGAGACAUGUUGUGCUAAACCAGCCGGAGACAAGAAAUCCCAGGCGAAGGUACAAGCUGGAGGGCGAAAGCCCAAGGCCCCCGGCCCCACAUCACACCCACCUACAACUAAUCAGAACCGCACAUGGCAGGGACUGGUAUGCCACGGCCAACCAGGGUCCAGAAGCAGCGAAAAAGAGAAAGAGAGAGAGAUAUACAAAAUACAAAAUAUUCUAAAACAAUGAAUGACACCAUGACAAUGAUGAUCUGUAGGUGCUAGUGGACACCAAAGACUUUUAAUCAAUAUUAGCAGCCACGUAUAUUUCAGUAAUAACAGACUUUGAGACAUAGAGCUCAAGUUGUGCUGUGUUAGCAGUUGUGCAUGGAUCAUACUGAUGUAGUUUUAAAGGUAGGAAUGUUUUGCAUAAAGCAUUUUUGCAAAAAUGAAACUCUGUGAAAGGGCAAAAAAUGUGUCAGAAUGAAGAAAUGAAUUAAUGUUACUCCCGUUAACCUUAAAAAGGAAAAAAAGACUGUACAUGCACUCACUGUGAAUUGAAUCUGCAACUUGCAUUUACCACAAUAAAACGGCAUCUUGCAACA